AUGGCGGCGGGCGGGGGCGCGGGGCGGCGGAUGGGGCCGGGGCUGGCGGGGAGCGCGGCGGUGGCUGCGGUGCUGGCGGCGCUGGGGUGGCUGCAGGCGGCGUGUGGAGCUGGGAGCCCCGUGACAGCCCCUCUCCUUCAGCCCUACCCCUCAUCCCACCACGGCCCCCGCCAUUCCCACCGCCACGUCCGGGACUGCCAACCCCUGCGCUACGGAAACGUCACCCACGAAGCCUGGCCCAGCGACAACAGGACGAGUGGCCCCGUGGCUACCACCAGAACCUUCGUGUCCUACAUCCCCCCGGAGGGCAGCGACCGCAAAGCCGUCUACGGCCAUUUCACCUUCGUCAGGGACCCCCUGAGGACUUUCUCGGUGCUGGAGCCGGGGGGCCCGGGGGGCUGCCAGGCUCACCGCAGGGCCACGGUGGAGGAGACAGCGAAGCUCCGGGGGUGCCUGGUGGCCCAGAACGGUGGCUACUUCAACAUGGAAACUGGAGAGUGCCUGGGGAACGUGGUGAGCGAUGGGAAGCUGGUGAGAAAUUCCGGAGGGGUGCAAAACGCUCAGUUUGGCAUCCGGAAGGAUGGCACCAUGGUGUUCGGCUACCUGUCUGAGGAAGAUGUCUUGGAUGAAGCAAACCCCUUUGUGCAGCUUGUGAGCGGGGUGGUUUGGCUCCUCAGAGAUGGAGAAGUGUACAUCAGCCAGAGUCAAGUGGCUGAGUGUGGUGACAUUCAAACCACAGGAACCUUCGAGAAGUUCAUCAAUGUGAUAUCAGCCAGGACAGCAGUGGGACAUGACCAGCAGGGCCAGCUGGUCCUGGUUCACAUGGAUGGACAGACAGAAUCCAGAGGGGUCAACCUCUGGGAAAUGGCUGAAUUCCUGAAGCAGCAGGGACUCAUCAAUGCUAUCAACCUGGAUGGGGGAGGCUCUGCAACACUGGUCCUGAAUGGAACCCUUGCCAGUUACCCUUCUGAGCACUGCCCUUUUGACAACAUGUGGCGCUGCCCUCGGAACAUCUCCACCAUCAUCUGCGUCCACGAGCCUGCCUGCCAGCCUGCUGACUGCAGCAGCCACGGGGACUGCCUGGAAGGGCACUGCCAUUGCACUGGGGACUUCUGGAGAGGCCCAGCCUGUGACAUCUUAGACUGUGGCCCUUCCAACUGCAGCCUGCAUGGGGUCUGCACCGACUCUGGAUGCCUCUGUGAUGCUGGCUGGAUGGGCAGGAACUGCAGUGAAGCUUGCACUCAUGGUUUCUAUGGGGAUGCUUGCACCCAGAAAUGCCAGUGCCAGAAUGGUGGCUCCUGUGACCCUGUGCAUGGAACCUGCUCCUGCCCAGCUGGGUACUAUGGCACCAGCUGUGAGCAAGAGUGUCCCAUGGGCUGGUAUGGGCCAAACUGCCAGAACCAAUGUGCCUGUGAACACACAUGUCCCUGUGACCGGGUGACAGGCAGCUGCAACAUCACCUACAAGUGGGCAGUCCAGGACCAAUUGAACAAAGCUGGGCAGUGUUUGGCUUCCCUGAGUAAAGGAAGGAGCAAAGAAAAGUUCCCUCUGUCAGAAAAAACGUGGGUUUCCAUGACCUCUGCCUUAGCUGUGCUUCUGGUGAUCAGUGCCAUGGGCAAUGUGGGCCUUCUCCUCAAGGCCAGGUCAGAGAGGCACCGGGAGGGUGGGGAUUAUCUGUACCACCCCCUGAGGGAGCUGAACGGGGAUGCCACUCACACCUCCACCUCUGCUGCCUGUGAGACAGAAGACAUUCAGGACCAGAGAUGAGAAGCCAACAUCCUCUGCCCAGGUACCACCCAGACCUGGUGGGACAGCCAGGACCACCCCCCCCCCAGGAAGGACUGCAAGGAACCCAAGAUCUCAGCUGGAAAUCAGAAUACAUCUUUGCACAGUGUUUUUUUGUUGUUUUUUUUAACACACACUAUUUUAGUUUGCUUCCAUAUGAGAGGAAAUUAACCUUUAAUGCUGCAAAAGGGGGGGUGGGGGGCUAAAAGCCUGUCUGAGCCUGGAUAUUAACAUUUCUGUCUCCUCCGUUUUUACCUCUUCAAGGCUCUGCUAAUUUUUGUGCCACUGCUGGCAUCAGAUGAACAAUGGGAGAUUCUAUUUUUCUAUUAUUUACAGAAGACUAUUUGAAACUUGAAUAAACUCUCUUAGUAAUAACUGCCUGACACCUGAAUUCUUAAUCCUCAGCUGCAGAAGAAUGAUGGGAUCCUUUCCCAGUAAAUCCCAGCUGGCUCCUCAGAGGCAUGGGCCCUUUUCAUUUUAAAGAACUUACAGCAUGGCAGGACUGGGAUGUGGCCCUCUCUGUGCUAGGGAAAUAAAAAAUGCUGAUUCUACAGAGAA